AGAAAGUCGGACUUCCCGAUAGUCCCCGCAUCAACACAGAGCUAGUCUGACACAUCCAGGAUAAGGAAACCCAUGAGCCGUUAUGUAUGUACAUAGCCAAUAAGCCGUUCUGUGUGUAGUUUAAUCCGCACAGUCAGAUGCGAAUACUUCAACAUUUCAUCGGAAAGCUACACAUAUUUCUUUAGGUAUUAUUUCGUUGGACACAGAGUGUGAUUUCAAGAAGCAACAGAACAGAACAUAUUGAACCAGUUGACCUUGACCUCGAUACACGGUCACACAAGCUCUCAUAAUGGGUUCAAGUGAUCAUCGCCACAUCCCUUUAGACCCACAGGAAGAGGUGGUUGAUCUUGACGCUGAUACGAAGGAGGCGACAGACGAAGUGUUUUGCAACGACGAGACGGAGGAGACCCCUCACAAGAUAUACCUACUGUAUGAUCCCAAAACACCUCAGCCUGUUGUCAAACGCCUCCCAGUAGGGACCAUUGCAAAACACGUGGGAUGUGACGUCACUCUUGGUAGGCACGAAUCCUCUGAUGUGUUGCUGUACGAUAAAUACAUGGCUCGGUUUUUCGCUAGCGUCACAUGCCGGACCAGUACUGGCAACCAGACAAGCUUUGUGUUGAGGAAUACGUGUCAGGGAACGAAACAGAAGAGAAUCGCCUACAAGGACGCCAGAGGGAGAGUCAGUGAUGUUCUACCCACCCAGGAAGUCGAGUUGGUGGACCAGGGGAGGUUCACCCUGGAACAUGUCGAGUUCACUGUUGGGAUCGAUCUUGGGGACAUGAACUCGAAAACAUUUUUGCUUGAAGUGAAGCCAUUAAAUGGCGGACUAUCCGAGGCUGUGGACAUGGGUGGACAUGUGAACGGUAAUGGGAGUGUAUCAGGUGCUUUCGGUGAAGUUGCAAAUCUCGAGACGCCUCACUUUGGCUUGUCUGUGACGGGGCAGAGAAGUGUUCAGUUUCCUCCAGAUCAGGUCACACCCAAGAUGGUGUAUUCCCAACAAUUAGGGUCAUGGCAAGGCCAUGUGAUUGGUGCUGGUGACGGAAAAGGAGUGGUUCAAGCUGUUGGUGCUGGAGUGGGCCAUGCUGGUGGUGCUGGUGUAGGCCAUGCUGGUGGUGGUGGUGUAGGCUAUGCUGUUGGUGCUGGAGUAGGCCAUGCUGGUGGUGGUGGUGUAGGCUAUGCUGUUGGUGCUGGUGUAGGGCAUGCUGUUGGUGCUGGUGUAGGUCAUGGUGUUGUUCCUGGUGCAGGUCAUGCUGCUGUUGGUGCUGGUGUAGGCCAUGUUGUUGGUGCUGGCAUGGGUUAUGUAAAUGGUGCAGGCGUCGUUAACCGAACACUUGCUAGUGUAACAUCCGCUAUGUACCCCACUGUUCCCAAAUACUAUAAUGCACAGACAGUGCAUGAUCAGUGCAUGAACUGUUCCGGUCAUUCUGCCAUUCCUCAGACAGGACAUGUAUAUUCACCAUCUGUUACGACACAACCCAUGAUGAACUAUUACACGAAUACACUACAUCAUGACCAGCUAUUGGAACGAGGGGGUGGAGGUCAGCUAUCUCCAUCCCUUGCAUCACACCCUUGUCCACAUCAUGGACAAACAGACCAGCGAAUUUCGGGGAUGUCAAUAAAUGACUUGGCCAAAGGUCUAGCCAAUACACACGUUGCCAAUCCUGCUGUCCAGUCUCCCAUCACUACAAUAGUGACCACGCCCUCUACCAAUGAUCAAAGUCCUGUUUUGUACCCAAGUCCAGCAUACGGUGGAUUCCGAUUUCCACAAGCACAAACCAUGCACAUGAACCAAAUGGACCAUAUGAACCCAAACGGAGAUCUGCGGAAUUUACCACGUGGACCACCUCUAGGGCUCCUUCACCAUACAGGAUCAUCAAGUGGUCAGUCAGUCAACCUCCACAGUACUUCGCCAGCAAGUGGCCAGUCAGUCAACCUCCACAGUACUUCGCCAGCAAGUGGCCAGUCAGUCAACCUCCACAGCACUUCGCCAGCGAGUGGUCACUCAGUCAACCUCCACCCAGUACGUAUUCCGGCAAAUGUAGUAACCACCCACGCCGUAGCAGAGGUAGGGGGAUCUCAAGCGGGAUGUAACGGCAUGAACAACACGUCGAAGAGACAACCAAAAGAACACGAAGAUAAGUCAAAGUAGAAAGGCCAACUGAAAAACUCUGUUGUCACACAAAAGGACUGAUCCAACCUCCUAUAUUAUUUCUCAUAUUCAGAUAAUUAGCGUUAUUAUUCUCUCACCGUCGCAUGCUAUCGUCCUGGGUGCGUUGUACAACGCAACCUUAACGUAAGUCUAUGUUAAAACAUGGGAGUUACGAUCACCUUAUCGCUAAGAUCGCUUCGUACUAUAUCUUGCUUUAUAUUAUCACAUGAAUCUACAUGGUUGUUUUCGUGAAAGCUGCAAUUUGAUAUUGGGCAUUCGCUCAUCGUGAUGAAUACUCAUACGGAGUCUGAGAUUGAGGAGUCUAUUUAUUGCCAGGAUGGACAGUUCUAAGAAAUACUUGUAUUGGAUUAGGAGAUCUAUAUUGUUUAGACAUUGUUGUCAUUUGUAUUGGUUACGAACCAACGACAGGGUCUCGGCAGAAAUCGUAUGUACAAACUGAGGCAAAGCAAGUAUACCCCCAUGUUUGAUGGUGGCUAAGAUGAAAGAAACAAGAAAUUGUCAUUGGUGGUGAUGUAUUUGAAAGCUAACCUAUUUAUAUUUUGGAUUUCCACAUUACAGUGUUUCGGUGACAGUGUUUAGCCCGUUUUGAUCACGUUUGUAAUGUUUUGGUCAAAUCAACUAAUCAAGUUGGUACUUUCUUUUGCCUUGGGUUGUAUUGC